UCACCCCAGGAGUCCCCCCCAGCAAACACCCCCUCCCUGGGCUGGGUCUGUGUUCCAGCCAUCGGUCAUCUCGGCGUUUCCCCCAAGUGCAGGUGGUGGGGUCUCCUGCCCCUCAGUCUUCAGGGGAACCUCGCAGUGCUGUCCUGUUGCCGCCCCCUUCUCCCUGCGCCCCUGCUCCCUGCGCCCCUGAACUCCCGCACCCCUGAACUCCCGCACCGAGGGCCUUGGUGAGCGGUCACUCAAGUCCGCACAGACUGGGCCCUGCCCAGCGCCCGCCUCUGCCGGGGUCGGAGCGGAAGGCCGGCCUUCCUGGGAGGUGUCCGCUGGGAAAGAGCCCCCCAUCUUGCUAAGAAGUGAGACCCCUGCCCUCGGCCUGGGCGCUCCGCUGGGGCCCCGGCCCGGCCCCUCCCACACGCUCCCAGCCCCCAACGCAGCCCGCAGCCCGCAGCCCGGAGCCCGGCAGGCGGCUUCUCUGCGGGCGGGCGGGACGGCACGGGCCGCUUGUCUGACCUUUCACCUGCGCCGCGGCGGUUGGGGCACGUGCGACGCCCGGGCGCUGACCGUUGGCGGGCGCGGCUGCAGGCGGGAAAAUGUCCGAGAAGCUGCGGCGCUGCCGGAAGGAGCUGACCGCGGCCAUCGACCGGGCCUGGGAGGGCGUCCGGCUCGCCCAGCGGGGGGCCCUGCCGCUCCCGACGCCCGGGCUGUGCCGGCCGCACCCGCCGGCCGCUCCCUUCGCCCCCGAGAACGAGGGCCCGGCCCCGGCCCCCGGGAGCACCAAGCCGCCGGCCCCGUGCGCCCCGAGGAGGCCGCUGGCCAGCAAGGAGAACGUGCUGGGCGCCCCCGGCCCGGCCCCCGACCGGCCGCCCUGGAGCCCGGCGCCCGGGGAGAGCGGGCGCAGAGACGGCGCCAGGAAAGAUCUGGAGAAUGAGUUGAAGGUUGACUCCAAUCUGCCUCUGGGCAGUUCUAGCCAAGAGGUCACCAAGGACCUGCUGGACAUCAUCGACAACACCAGCAUCCGGACCAUUGAAGAGCUGGCCGGGAAACUGGAAUUUGAAAACGAGCUGAACCGCGUGUGUGACUCCUGCGGAGACUCCCCCUUCACGGAGGAGGCCUGGGCGCUGCUCAUGGACGAGAGCCCGCAGAAGGCGGUGGAGGCCGACCCCGGCAGCCUCCGGCGGGCCUUCGACGACCACAGCGUGGUCCAGACGGUCCUGGACCUGGAGGAGGACUACCACCUGAUGGGCUCUUUCAAAUACCACAUGGAGUGAGGGGCGCCCGCCCGGUGCCUCCCGGGAGGCGGAGGCGGAUGCCCGCGCAGUCACGUUUCUCAGAGGGUUGGCCGAAUCUGCCGCCCGCCCCCCCUUAACUUCCAGUUCCCUUUCGGAGCUGGGAGCCCAGCUUUGUUUUCAUUUGCUUUGUUUCGUUUUCCUGUUGCUUUGAAAUAGUUCUGACUGUUCCUUGUCUUCACUUGCACCUGUUUCUUUGGUUGAUGGUCAAUAUACCUGGUGCUCAAGGCAGGUGUGGGCUGUGGCA